GGGAGGCACAGAGAAAGGAGGAAAGGGCGGGGUUAGCUCCAUUUUCUCUGCCUGUCCCGAAAAAGAUUGCACCAAAUCACAGGAGUCAGGUUUACCUGGAGCUCGACGGUGCACCUGUCGCGAAAAAACAGUAGCUCACCUGCGCUUUACCUCGGAUUUACCUCGCUGUUCAAAAUGCCUCAAUAGGCCCCGCUGAAACCUUACAGUCGUUUCUACAUAUAAACUAAGCAAAUAAUCAUGAAGAGGGGAACGCUGAAUUUUCUGGGUCGAAAGAACCAGUCUCUUUUCGACACCAAUAUCAAAAUCAAGGACAUGGACAAUGUGGAGUUGGUGCUGGAUUCACCAGCAAUCCCUGAGUCAGGGACUGCCAGUGUGCGGGCCAGACCCACCGUCAAGCAUCACGCUUCAUCUGAUAGUUUUCAAGGGUUUGCUGUCCCAACACCCAAAGUCCCCCUCCUCCCCCCUGUCAACGGUCCAAAGGCCAAUGGCUCAGUCAGUGGAGAUAGGUUGGCCAACGGAUCAGUUCUAUCUGUCCCUGACCUUGUGGAAGGGGAAAUAUUUGUUCCUCCUCCUCCCUCCAUGGCACCUCCGCCCCCUCCCUCUGUGGCACCUCCACCCAUUCCGGGGAUUUUUAUCCCUCCUCCAGACUUCAUGGGUGACCUAAAUAGUCUUGAUCUGGCAACCCUUCAGCAUCCUUCCAUGCCAGCUCCAAAACCCACUUCACUGGCACCAUCCAUGGAGGAGGAGGAUCUAGCCUUCCUAAAACCACCACCAAUGGCUCCACCAAAGCCUCCAUCAACUUGCUCUACCAGCUCUGCAUCAUCCAUACCCAUUUCCAGUCCACCACCAGCCAAUGUUCCUGAGCGUCCAAAAUUUGCCCCUCCGCAGCCCCCCACUGAAAAGCAACACAAGACUUCUAAGACACCACCUCCAAAGCCAAUCAGACUGUCCUCUAUGUCCAGCCUUGACUCCCCACCACAGACUCCUGCCCCACCUCCCCCUGUGCAGACACCCACACUCUCCACCUUUAAUCCCCAAAGCACAGCAAAGCUUUACAAUGUUCCUAAAGCCACAGUUCUCAGCGGGUAUGAGAAUCGUGACACAAGACCCAAGCAGAUGUUAGUCCUGGAAGAUUCUGGGUCUGUGAACUCUGCCCCGGUGCUUGUCCAGAUGGAUGGGAAAGCUCCGAAAGUGGCUACACCUUCUAAACCUGUUUCCAAAGAUGAACAGGAGCUGAAAGAGAGCUUACAAAUUAACCAGCCCUCUCAACCGCCCCCAUCUCAGCCAAACAAGGAGGUUAAAACAGGGAAAGUUCCAGUACAACCAGAAAUAACCAAACCGCCCCAGACACCACCUCUUAAGUCUCUACAGCUUCCGAAAGUAAACGGUUCUCAAGUGAAUCCCGAACCCAGCAAGGACAAACUUGAAGGAUCUCCAAGUCAAAGUCAUAAAUUCAGUCCAUUAUUAGAUCGUAAACUACGCAGCCUGAAGAAUAAUGAAAGCAGUGGACAUGCAGCUUCUCCACUGGCUCUUUUAAUGGCGGCUAAGGAAAGAGAGAAACACAGAUCGACUCACCCACUGUCGCGGGAAAACAGUGACAAGAGGAACGAUAAGAAAAGCGAGCAGCCGAGCGCAAGCAUUCACCCAAGUGACUCCAGUCCCAAUUCCUUUGUUGUCAUCCCAAGGUCAAAUUCAUCCUCUUCUCUUACAUCUCAAGAGAGAAUACAGGAGAGUCUGAAUUCUGUCAGUCCUGUGGAACAUAGGCAAACAAUUCAGACUCCAGAAAAAUCCAGCAGUCCUGUGCUGGUCAGGGAUCCGCUGCCAUCUACCAGUCCAGCUCUCAGUAGGUUCACAGCAGCUGCAUCCUCAAGUGCGACCAAUCUGGUUGAGCAGAAACAAAAUGCAGAGCCCCCAAAGACUCAAUCUGCACAGCCUGAGGAUAAUAAAGAGGACAUAAGUAUGCCAUUACUCCCUCCUCCUCCAGAGUUUGAUGAUUUAGAUGAGUUUAUGGAGCCCCCUCCUUCCAUUUGUCCACCUGAUCCUCCUGUGAAAAAGGCACCAACACCAACACCAACACCAAUACCAACACCAGCACCAACACCAACACCAACCAACCCCAACCCCAACCCCAACCCAACUCCAACCCCAACUGUUAUCCCUCCUCUUCCUCCCCCAGUUCUAUCCCCUCUUCCAAAACCAAAACCCCCAGCAGCUCCAAAACUCCCGCCACCGAACACUGAUGUUAAACCAAAGCCUCAGGUCCAGUCAAAGUCCCAAGUGGCCCCCGCUCAGCUACCGUCCAAUCUUUCGCCAAGUCAGGCCACACUCCUGAGCAUCUUACAAAAGAAAAUGUUGGAAAUGGACCACAAAAUGGCCCCUGUGAAGGAGGCAGAGUCCAGCUCUGAUGACUGGGGGACUCCCUUGUCUGAUGAGGACAAUAAGGUCCCUGUUGUCCCCAGAGUCACACCACAGAGCAAGACUUACCCUGUGGUCAACAAAACGGCAACCCUGGACAUGCGGGAAUUGGAGGGUAAAGUGACCAAAAAAUAUCAAGAGACGUCGUCAAUGAAAGUUCCCACAAGUAAUGGACCGUCAAAACAUCAGUAUGGUAUGACCUUUACUGUUCGGCCAGGAACCAAACAGCCUAUUACCCCUGUUACUAAAGGGGAAUCUUAAAACUCUAUGGAAAUUGGACACAUCUAUACAGCACACAUGAUUGUAUAAUGUGAUUUUGAAUUAGCAGGAAUUUGUACAAUGGGGAAAAAGCACUUUGAACAAAUGAGUUACAUUAAUGUGGUGUAUAUAUAUGUAUAUAUAUAUAUAUAUAUAUAUAUAUAUAUAUAUAUAUACUCAUAUAUAUAUAUAUGUGUGUGUGUGUGUGUGUGUGUGUGUGUGUGUGUGUACAUUUAGGCUCAAGCCCCCUGUAACCUUUCACGGAUAAGCAGUGUAGAUAAUGGAUGGAUGGAUAGAUGGAUAUAUGUACAUUGUCCAAACGGUCCAAAAAGUCAGAGACCAUGUAAAGGUUUUUCUUUUUAUUGGCUGCUGCUGUUGAGCGUAGAAUUGCAUAUGUUUCCUUUUUACCAGCUUUUAAUCUGUCUCUGUGGCAUAUUACAUGGGUAAUAUUCAUAGCAUAAGCAAAAUCUAUUAAUAAAAUGCUUUAUGCUUACAUUAUUGGUAGCUGUAAAGUGUAAGUCGAGUGAAAAUGAAUCUACAUUAAACAGUAAUUUGUAGAACAUGAAUCUUUCAAAGAUUUAUGUGUAAUCUUGAUUGUAAAAUACAAUAGUAAUGUACAAUGUAA